UUUGUUUUUUCACUCUGGAAUUUCUCCAGAACCAUCGCUUUCCGCGUAGCGUAGAGUUAUCCAUAUCCAUCCACUCGAACCGUACGCGCAGCAAACAACAACAAGAAAAGCGGCUAAAAGGGUUGAACAGAACAGCAUAGAUGCUUCUAUGCCUAUUUUGUUAUGUAUAUGUAUUUAUCUUCAUCUGCAAGAAUCUUAUGAUUCAGGAAACAUAAAUGACGGACCACACUAAAUAUGCUCUCCUUUUUGGAAAAAAAAAAAAAAAAACUUCCCUCUGUUUGAAUUUUGAUGAUGUGAUUUGGGUCGGUUUGGUAUUGGGAUAGGAAUCUUCUCUGUCAUUUCCUUUUCUCAAGUCGUAAGCUUUGCAUUUGCAGCCUCCUAUAUAUUGUCGUACCCAUUCCUGCGUUCUUCGCCAUCCAAAUUUCUUGAAUAUUAGUUCCUGUAGUAUCCAAUUCUUUUCUCUUAUAAAACCAUCUUUUGUUGCUUUCAAUCUCAUAUUGAUCCUUCAAGAAAAGAGAAGGGAAAGCUUCGAGUUUUGAUCUAGAAUGGAGUGUUAUCCAUUGGACCUUACCAUCAUAUCUGCAGAGGGAUUAAAGAAUGUCAACGUGUUCUCGAGAAUGGAUGUUUUUGCCGAGGUUAGGAUUUUGGGAUACCCCAAGAACAAGCAGAAGACGCACGUUGACAAGAAUGGUGGCACCGCUCCCAAAUGGAACCAUCACAUGAGAUUCAUAAUUGAUGAGCCUUCCCUUAACAAUCCAGGCGUAUCCCUCCUCAUUAAGCUCAAGUCUGACCGCACUUUCGGCUCUGACAAGGAGAUUGGAGAGGUUAACCUCCCGAUCUCUGAACUUUUCAAUGGUGGUGUCGAUGCUGACACGAAGGAUUCAGGCGAAAGGGUCGUGGAAUAUCAGGUCAGGACCUCCUCGGGAAAGACCAAGGGAACCAUCAAGUUCUCGUACAAGUUUGGGGAAAAGUUCAAGCAAGAGGUGGAAGCCAAGAAGAAGAAUGUGGGUGAGCCUGUAACCGCUUAUCCUGCCCCGCAACACGCUGCAGGGGCUAGCAUGGCAUACCCGCCCCAUUAUGAUCAGGGUUAUGCUAUGCCCCCUCCCGGUUACCAGCAGCCCUAUGGAGGAUAUGCUCCUCCUCCUCCAGGAUAUGGUGGAUACCCUCCUCCUUCAGGGUAUCCACCUGCAGGUGCACCAGGAUAUGGAUAUCCACCCCCGCCCGGGUACGGAUAUCCUCCUCAGCCAUACCAGCAAGUCCAGCCCCCUAAGAAAGAAAAGAACAAGAUGGGAGGUCUUGGCCUGGGGUUAGGGGCUGGAUUGCUUGGAGGGCUGCUGGUUGGAGAUAUGAUGUCUGAUGUCGGAGAAAUGGCUGCCUAUGAUGCAGGCUAUGACGAUGCAUUGGGUUUCUAGAUGAUGAUGAUGAUGAUGAUGGGAUUAUCAGUGUUCUAACCAUGUUUUAAUGGUUAGUUAACUUGGGUUUUUUACAGAGCUCUCUAAGGAUCUGAAUGGAGCUUGAUGUUUUAUAUUAGCAUAGCCAUUUGUCUUUUUCGACUUUUUGGUGUUUUGAGAGGGAGAGAGAGAGACUGGAAUGGGGAAUGAUAAACAGAAACAUUAUGUUGAUGUAUAUAUGUUUUGUCAUUGACCUUGACAGUAAGUCAAUUCGAUUGACUACUUUUUUUUUAUUUUUUCUAAUGUGGAUCUUUUUAUUUUAUUUUAUUUUAUUUGUUUGGUCCCCUUUGUUUACAUAAUUUUGGUUCCUUGAUGUGUUCUAUUGAAAAGGUCUGAUCAAUUCAAUAAAGUAAGCAUCAGAUGCAAUUGUGAA